AUGAUCGAAACCUGCAAUCCCCCAGAAAGUAAAUUGUCACUGUUUUGGAUCGCCUUAAUUUGCACAAUUAUAGGCACUGAAUGCAUCAUCAGUAUCUUUGCGAAUGGGUUCAUUGCGGCUAUAAAUGCAGCUGAAUGGAUUCAGAAUAAGGCAGUCUUCACAAGCGGCAGGAUCCUGUUUUUCCUGAGUGUAUCCAGAUUAGCUUUCCAAAGCCUCAUGGUGCUAGAACUUACCUUCAGCUCAACAUCCCCAAGUUUUUAUUAUGAAGAUGUUGUAUAUGAUAUAUUCAAAGCCAGUUUCAUGUUCUUAAAUUCUUGUAGCCUAUGGUUUGCUGCCUGGCUCAAUUUCUUCUACUUCGUGAAGAUUGCUGAUUUCUCCUACCCCCUUUUCCUCAAGCUGAAGUGGAGAAUUUCUGGAUUGAUGCCCUGGCUUCUGUACCUAUCAACAUUUAUUUCCUUGGGUAACAGUGUGCUCUUCUCCAAUAACAUCUACACUGUAUAUUGUAACAAUUCUUUACCUAUCCCCUUCUCCAACUCCACUGAGAAAAAAUACUUCACUGAAACCAAUGUGAUCAACCUGCUUCUUCUCUAUUACCUGGGGAUCCUCAUUCCUCUGAUCAUGUUCAUCCUUGCAGCCACGCUGCUGAUCAUCUCUCUCAAGAGACACACCCUACACAUGGAAAGCAAUGCCACUGGCUACAGGGACCCCAGCAUGGAGGCUCACCUGGGGGCCAUCAAAGCUACCAGCUACUUUCUCAUUUUCUACCUUUUCAAUGCAGUUGCUUUAUUUCUCUAUAUGUCCAACAUCUUUGACAUCAACAAUUUCUGGAAUAUUUUGUGCAAAAUCAUCAUGGUUGCCUACCCUGCUGGUCACUCCAUCCUGCUGAUUCAGGACAACCGUGGGCUGAGAAGAGCCUGGAAGCGGCUUCAGCUUCGAGUUCAUCUUUACCCAAAAGACUAG